CUUCUUUUUUUCUCCACAGUCAAUAUAUACGUCUAUAUAUAUGCCAUUAAUUAUCUUCUCUCCUUAAUUUCUUAUUUUUUGCAUAUUUGGGGUUCCAUAUUUAUUGAUUCUGAGAGCAACUGAAGCAAAAAGAUUCAAUUUAAAGAUCUAAAUCUGAGAUAGUGGAAGAUCUGUAAGAAAUGGGUUCGAUCGGGCCACCACCAGAAUUAAGCUUAGAUUGCAAACCUACUUUCAUUCCCACAUCUAUUACUGAUUUUCUUAGACAACUCUCUUUGAUCCAUAACGUACCUGAUAAACUCUCACAAAUUGAUGAUUAUAUUACCAGACUUGAAGAUGAAAUGAGGAAAAUUGAUGCUUUUAAACGCGAGCUUCCCCUUUGUGUCCUUCUUGUUAAAGAUGCUAUAGUAGCUCUGAGAGCAGAAUCAGCGCAUUAUAGAAAAUCCAGAAAAGAACCAGUAUUGGAAGAAUUCAUUCCACUGAAGAAGAGUUCUAAUGAAGAUACUAAAGCUGAAAUCAUUAAAGAUAAGGAUAAUAGUAGAGAAAAGAUGAGUUGGAUGAGCUCUGUGCAGCUCUGGAACGGUGAUCAAAAUACUGAUGAAGCGAAUAAUAAACAACGAUCCAAAUCAGAAUUGAAACUGGAUACUCAAAGAUCGCCUGAAGAAGGAAAUAGUUCAGUAACUGAGGAUCCAUUCCAAUCAUGUAAAGCCAUGAAUACUGGAAAGGCAUUUUCACCUUUCAAGGGGCUUUCUAGUUUCUCAGUGACAGCGGUUAGGAAGGACAAUAAAGAUGAACUACCAGGAGUACCAGGAUUAUCACUUCAUACUCCUGGAAUUACGAAGCUGAGGGAGGAUACUGUGACUAGUGGUUUGAAUACGAAACAUAAUGGUAGCGGAGGUGGAUUAUCUAGUGUAGCUGGUUGCCAAUCUAAUGUAAUAAGGACUGGAUCACUGGCUCAACAGCAGUCUGCUAGUAGAAAGCAAAGAAGAUGCUGGUCACCAGAAUUGCAUAGGCGAUUUGUUGAUGCACUCCAACAACUUGGUGGUUCACAAGUUGCAACUCCUAAGCAGAUUAGAGAGCUUAUGCAAGUGGAUGGCUUAACCAAUGAUGAAGUAAAGAGUCAUUUGCAGAAAUAUCGGCUUCAUACACGAAGAAUUCCAAAUACACAGGCUCAAUCAGCAAAUCAGUCUGGUGUAACUCUGGGAAAUUUAUGGAUGUCCCAAGGCCAAUACGGAGAAUCCUCAAAGCAGAGCAGUUCCCAAUCUGGUUCCCCUCAGGGUCCUCUACACCUGGGUGGGAGUUCCCGAGGUACUUCCACGACUUUGUGUGAUAGCAUGGAAGAAGAAGACGAUGUAAAAUCCGAGAGUCACAGCUGGAAAAAUCACGCUCACACCUCUGGAAAGAUUGAUGUAUAGAUCUCCACCAUGAAUUUUGCAGAUAAAGGUUAUACAUUGGAGGAAUUAAUUACUAUAAAUUGAUACCCUAUAAUACUUAUAUAUAAAUCUUGAGAGAGAUGUGAAAUUUUGCAGGAUUAGAUCUCCUUUUUUGUCUGUGCAUUUUGAACCGUGUUCUAGUUGUUUGUUGUUUCGGUAUAAGGAACUUGAAUUUAAGUCCAACACUUGAGAAAUGAAAGAGCAGUGCCUCUCUGGGAUCAAAUACAUCACUAUUAUUACUUGCUUU